GUUUCUCUUAUUUAAAAAGGUGAAGGCUGUCGUAUACCAUCCCUUAAGUUUCUUCAAAUUAAUGCGAUCAUGUCAGAAAUUAAAGAUGAUCCGCGAGAAGUUCUCGUUCUUCUGAAUUCGUUAGGAUUCGUCGGCAUCACUGCGAUUCAACUAAAAGCUUUUAUGAAAGAUUUGAAAAUAUACAGAAAGGUAAGAGAACGUGAAAAGCAGCAACGAAAAGAAGAGAUUACAACGAAAAUAAUUAACAAACAACAGACUCUGCUCAGGACAGCUUAUAGAUCACAUCAUGACACUACAGAUUAUUCCUUGAGUAAUUCUCCUCAACGUAACGUUCCUCCUGAAAAUUCACUUGAUGAUGAUGAGUCAGUGGUAAAAGUUCGAAUAAGAUGUAUCUCUAAGGAGGAUGAUAUACAAAAACAAAGAUGCUCCAAAGCAAACGUGACAAAAUCAGAUGAUAAAUUGUUACAAAUAAAUUGUAAUAAGCAAGAUACUAUUGAAGUAACUGAAUCUAAUAGAAUUUAUUGUGAACAGAAUUAUUCUAAUACUAAAUCUUAUCCAGUUAUUAAAAGUUCAAAAAGUAAAGACGUACAAGAUAUUUCCAAAUGUUUGAUAAAAAAUAGUCAUUUGGCAGAAAGAUGUAAGCAAAAUUUAAAAAUAGACGAACAAAUAAAACCACUGGCUUUAAUACAAGAACAAUUAUCGAGCGCACCAGUUUUAUCAAAUUAUGUAAGCCGGUCAGAAUCAAAGAGUGUUACAUCAGAUCCAACUGGAAACAUUCGUACACAAAGUACCUUAUCUACAAGGUCAUCUGGUAUUAAUUCUGGACCUAAAUCAUUUAUUCGACCAUGGAGGUUACAAUCCGAGGUACAGAAAAGUAUCACCAAGAGAUGUGAUCCUGUUGCUCUUUAUCAAAAGUAUCAACAAGAAUGGAAGCGGAUAUCUUUUCCUGGAGAAGCAAAGCAUUCAAAAGUAAGAUGGGCUGUGCGAGAAAAGAUGCUUGGUACAGAUCCACAUCCUAUGCCAGUUUCAAAAAUGUCAUUGCCAAUAUUAAAGAGGAAAUGACAGAUGUGAUAACGAAUUGUUUCAAAAGAAGGAAUGUGUACACUAUAGA